AGGGAGCGCCGGCAGCACCGCGCCGGGCAGCGCCCCGAUAUGUUCAACGUGGAGAGCCUGGAGCGGGCCGAGCUGGGCGAGAGUCUCCUCACUUGGAUCCAGACAUUUAAUGUUGAGGCACCAUGCCAGACUGUGGAAGAUUUAACGAGUGGGGUUGUGAUGGCUCAGGUUCUUCAAAAAAUAGAUCCAGUGUACUUCGAUGAAAACUGGUUAAAUAGGAUCAAAACAGAAGUAGGAGAUAAUUGGAGGUUAAAGGUAAGCAACCUGAAGAAAAUUUUAAAAGGGAUAUUGGAUUACAACCAUGAGAUUCUAGGGCAACAGAUAAAUGACUUCACCCUUCCUGAUGUUAACUUAAUUGGAGAGCAUGCUGAUGCUGCAGAGCUUGGAAGAAUGCUUCAGCUUAUUCUGGGAUGCGCUGUGAAUUGUGAACAGAAGCAAGAGUACAUACAGACCAUAAUGAUGAUGGAAGAAUCGGUUCAACAUAUGGUCAUGGCAGCAAUUCAAGAGUUGAUGAGUAAAGAGUCUCCUGUCUCUGUUGGAGAUGAUGCUUACGUUGACCUUGAUCGACAGCUGAAGAAAACUACAGAAGAAUUGAAUGAAGCACUGUCAACAAAAGAAGAAAUUGCCCAAAGAUGUCAUGAGUUAGAUAUGCAGGUUGCAGCCCUUCAGGAGGAGAAGAGCUGCUUGCUUGCUGAGAACCAGAUUUUGAUGGAACGUUUAAAUCAGUCUGACUCUAUUGAAGAUCCCAACAGCCCUGCUGGUCGUAGGCACUUGCAACUGCAAACACAACUAGAACAACUCCAAGAGGAAACAUUCAGAUUAGAAGCUGCCAAAGAUGACUACAGGAUACGCUGUGAAGAACUGGAGAAGGAAAUUGCUGAAUUGAGACAACAGACAGAAGAGCUUACUACGUUGGCAGAGGAAGCUCAAUCUCUGAAGGAUGAGAUAGAUGUACUGAGGCAUUCUUCUGAUAAAGUAGCCAAGUUAGAAAGCCAAGUAGAAUCUUAUAAGAAGAAAUUAGAAGACCUGGGUGAUUUGCGUCGGCAAGUGAAACUCUUAGAAGAAAAGAAUACAGCGUACAUGCAAAAUACUGUAAGCCUGGAAGAGGAGCUGAGGAAGGCCAAUGCAGCGCGCAGUCAGCUGGAGACGUAUAAGAGGCAGGCAGUUGAACUACAAAACAGGUUAUCUGAAGAAUCCAAGAAAGCUGAUAAAUUAGAUUAUGAAUGCAAACGGCUGAAAGAAAAAGUAGACAGCCUCCAAAAAGAAAAAGAUAGAUUAAGAACAGAAAGGGAUUCUUUGAAAGAAACUAUUGAAGAGCUCAGGUGUGUACAAGCACAGGAGGGUCAACUCACCACUACAGGAUCGAUGCUCCUAGGAAGACAAGAAUCUUCAGACAGUUUAGCAGCAGAAAUUGUUACUCCUGAAAUAAAGGAAAAACUCAUCCGUCUUCAGCAUGAAAACAAGAUCUUAAAAUUGAACCAGGAAGGUUCUGACAAUGAAAAGAUCGCCUUGUUGCAGAGCCUUCUUGAUGAUGCAGAUUUACGGAAGAAUGAAUUGGAGACAGAGAACAGAUUGGUAAAUCAGAGACUUCUUGAAGUGCAAUCCCAGAUUGAAGAACUACAAAAAUCUUUGCAAGAUCAAGAUUCAGAAGCUGAAGAUUUUCUUCUGUUGGCUGCUGUUUUGCUUAAUACUAAUGAUACCUCUGUUUCUUGGCAUGGGCUUCUGCUCAAGGUUAUUUCAGUUCUUCUGAAAAAGAAACUUGAAGAAAAUCUUGUGAAGCUCCAUGAAGCUAAUAAUGAGCUACAGAAGAAACAAGCUAUUAUUGAGGAUUUGGAACCAAGAUGCAAUAACAGUUCACUCAAAAUUGAAGAAUUACAAGAAGCUUUAAGGAAGAAGGAGGAGGAAAUGAAGCAAAUGGAAGAGCGUUACAAAAAGUAUUUGGAAAAGGCCAAAAGUGUCAUCCGUACCUUAGAUCCUAAGCAAAACCAAGGUGCAACUCCUGAGAUUCAGGCUCUGAAAAAUCAGUUGCAGGAACGGGAUAGAAUGUUUCAUUCACUGGAGAAAGAAUAUGAGAAAACAAAAAAUCAAAGAGAAAUGGAGGAGAAGCUUAUUGUUAGUGCCUGGUACAAUAUGGGGAUGACUCUGCAUAAAAAAGCAGCAGAAGACAGGCUGGCAAGUACAGGCUCAGGACAGUCCUUCCUGGCUAGACAAAGGCAAGCCACGAGCACAAGGAGAUCAUACCCUGGUCAUGUCCAGCCAACAAUUGCAAGUUUCAGGGUGCUCUUCAGGAGAGAGGAUUCUCCAGGACAGUGGUAAAACAGCUGAAGAAUCCUAAGAACAAGGAUACGUUCCAAGAACUGUGCUGAGGAUAUGACAUGGUAGUCUUCUUGGGACAUUUCAGUUAAAUAGAAGGAUAUCAGCUAAAUACACAAAGUUGUUUGUUGUUCGGAGUUGAAGCGUAGUUUCUCGUCUCACAGAAUGUGUGUGUAGUUUGGUUUCUACACUUCAUGUUCAGUUGUUAGCAUAAAUGAGUGGACAUUUAAAAAAAAAAAAGCAUUCAAAUUGCUCAGGUUUCUUACAGCAUCAGUUAGCCACUUGAAUCGUAAGGUGUUUUCCAAGAGCAGUGACAGCUGGAGUGAUCUAGUGUAAGGGUUGUGAGUCCCACCCACAGUGCAAGGGGAAACAAACUGUCAGAGCGCGCAGCUGUGUGCUUUAUUUAAAUGAAGCAAAUACCAUAUUGGCUACAUCGUGUUUUUCAGUCUCUCUUUGGAAACAAGCAGAUGGGAAUCUUGUGCUAUUCUGAUGUGGGUAGUAACAACUCUGCAAGUGCUUUAUUGCGUUUUAUUCGUGUAAGCAGCACCAUCAGUUUUUUCAUUGCGUAUGAAAGAAUUAACGUUGACAAUUUCUACUGCUGCUUUGAUCAUCUUACUAGUAAGUGCUGUGUGCAGGCUGUCAAGAACAUUUAAGAGGAUUUGUCAAUUUUAAAGCCCUUCAUAUUUUGACAGGUGCAAGUAGCUUUUGCUUUUCCUCAGUUCUCCACUGUGUUAGGCUAUCCACUUCAUAGCUGCCUGGAUGUUUUUUAGUGCAUUUAGUUAUCUUGAUCUGUUGACAUUUUCUGUAGAUACAAUAAUUGGGAAAUAUUUUAAUCUUACCACUUGAUUUUCUUCUGGUUAGUGAUUGACUGAAUACAGUCCUGAAUGUGGCUAUUUUUCUUUUUUCCUCUGAUGAAACAAAAAGGUUACUGAAUUUUACUCAUUUUUUAGAGAUUUUUUUUUUUUCUUCUGGACAUUUUGUCAUUUUGCAAGGAUUGAUGAGGGAGCUAUUUUUGCACUCAAGGUCAGAUCUAUACUGCUGACUUCUUGUGGGUUUUUGCACAUGUGUUUUAGAUAGAAUAUGUGGACUCUUGUUUUGCAGUAAUGUGAUGUUGAUAAGCUUUGACAUCUCCAAAAUAAGUUUAGCAAAUUUUGCAGGCAUUUUCCUCACCUGUGUUGUGCAAAUAAAUAGCUGAAAGAGGUUCCUUUGACAGGAAGGCUCUGAAGUGAUGUUUUUUCCACCUAGCAAAGAGCUGGUUGUACUUCAGGGGUAUUGCCUGCAGAACAGUUUGAAAGCUAGACUGUGAUUGAUAUAUGAUCUCAGGAAAUCUCAUGGUUAUGAGGAAAACCUUUUUGGAAGUCCUCGCUUAGACCAACAGUAUAAACUGAUUCUGGCAGUGUGAUACGCUUAGUGCUCUGUUGAAAUGGAGAGGUGGAUCAUUAUAAAUGUAACAGUUUGAAUGUGAAGAUUGCAUAGGCAUGAAAUUUGGUGAAGCUGUGAGCCACAAAAAAGCGCAUGCAGCCUGGGCACAUCCCCUCCCAAGUGAGAGCAAUCCAACUCUCUUCUGUAUUGGCAAGGGUGUUGCUUUCCUACUUUGUACCUUUCAUCAGGAGAAAGAGCUAGACUCACAACACUGCGUGUGCUGUUGUAGGACCAAGAAAUGGCAAAGGGUGAGACUUACUUGCACUUGGAAUGACUUCAAGCCAGAUCAUUUAUCUGAGGGCAGGCUGCAGGAAGUUCCCAAGCCGUAUGUAGGAUCCUAGCCGCAUCACAGGCUGGUAACUUUGAAGGAAUUGAGGAAACUCUGUGAUGACUGAUUUUGUUACUUAGUUGCUGUGAUGUUUCUUGGCUUUGGAAGCUCAGACAAAGAGCAGUAGCCUGUUAAUAGCUGUGCAGGCUGUAAGUGAAAAUAGGAGUCGUUUGAGGGUGGAGGUGGCAGAUGCAAACAACUGUUAAGGACAGAAAUCUGAAGGACAAGAUGUCUUUCUUAGUUUUGCUUUAUGGUGGUAGUUUAAAAGAGGUGGAACCUGAGCCUUUGUAGCUAGCUGUUCAUUUUUAAAAUUAAUUCUGAAUCACAGUUGAUUUAAGUAUUGGAGGCUUUCCUUAUUUAAGAUAGAAGCUGUGAUUAUCGAACACAGCCACCUCAGACUUCUUUCAUCUGGAAUGGCAAAUUCCUGCAGAUUUUCUCAGCUGACAAUCUUAUUGCAGUGUUUGGAGAUUCUGAUGACUUGUUCUGUUUCCGCUUGACUCUGCUUUAGUGAAUUCACUGAAAUAUUUGGCUACAAAGAUGAGUUUUAAAAUACAUCAGCUCAUUAAAUGAAUCGAUGCAUGAACUCGCUGAUGAAUGUAGAUUGAAAAUGAAUGAAUGACUGUAGAUAGAGAAACCAUAGAAAAGUUGACAUAUGUAAUAGUCCCACAGCACAUUGUACCAACCCUUGGCAGUAUAGUCGAGGCAGACACCCAAACAAGUUAUUCUGAUUUGAUAUUUUAUUGUGGGUCAGUAGGAGCUCAUGCUAAAUUCUGUGACGGAAGUCCUUAUCCAGCAGUUGUUAGUGAACGAUUUUUCUAUUGACUUCAUUACAGACCAUGUUCUGAUCUUUGCUUUUAGACCUUAGCAAAAGAAUGGGAUUGUCCUGAAGUAAAUCCUGUUAUUAGUUGGUUUUGAUGUCAAACCAAGGAUUUCUGUGGGUGCUGUUUGCUGUGUAUAUGCAAGAUCAUUUUGAAAACUGCUAGCUUAUCCUUCAGUAGUGCUGUGUGUUGGUUUCAAACUGAAACCUGUUCCUUCUGUCAGAUAAAAUGUUCUCGUUGCUGUUGAAUCUCAGAGAAUGAGCUGUAUUACAUGAAGAACAUUCCUAGAAGAAGGAAAGUUGGGACAGCAUUGCUAGGACAGCUGGGACAGUGUUUCCUGUUGGUGAAUUUGUUCAUUGCUUCACACUGGAGAGAUCUUUACUAUCAGAUGAUGUUAGAGCCUCACAUUUCGGAACGAGCAAAAUGGUUAAUUUAGUCUUCUCAAAAGCAAACGUUUUUCAGCACUUCGAAGUGCUGUUAACUGCUGUAGUGUGGCACAAAUCUGAAAUACUGCAAGAGCAAGUAUUGCCAUUGGUAUAAGGAUUGUUCUCCAAACAAUUGGAAGAAUUGGAAUCACUAAAAAUUAUCUCUAACCUCAGGAGACAGGAAAAUCAACAUAAAGGCCAUUUGUUAGCUUGUCAUCAUGCUUGCAUUGUAAGCAUGGUCAUGAAAGAAAAGAAAAUCCCAAAUAGAGUAAUGCAGAGAGAGUUAUACUUGUGAUGAAACCAUUAGGCUUUUUGAUUUGGAUUUGAAUAAAGCAUCCCUUAUGUAGUACAGAUUUUAUAAAGCAAAGAUUUUAGUUCUUAGUCAGCAGAGUUAACAAGGAGAACAAAAUUAUUUUUGAGAGUAUCAGUGGUUUUGAGAGAGACCUUAAAAUUUGUAUUUAACAGUACUAGUAAAAUCUUUGAAUAGUAAUAAACAUGACACUGUAGUGCCACACAUCUUAGAGUUUAUAGUCCACUUUGUAUUCUGUAGUUGUAGAAAUUAUAAAAAUGUGAACUGAUGUUGCCAUGGCUCUGGAAGAUGAUGUGACGAGGGACUUUUUAAAAUGUCUAAAGGAAAUAACAUGGAGAAAAUGUAGAAAGAAUACGUGUAGGAAGAAAAAGAAACCUUAGUAGUAGUAACCAGUAAGUAACAUUAAGAAAUCUGCAGAAAGAGAAAUCUGGGGGCAGUUAACUUAAAGUAGAUGCUCAGCAGAAAUAUUUGGGAGGAGUCUGGUGUUAGACCUCAAAGUAAAGGUGCUCUUGGUGCUCUUCCUACUUUGGUGCUUAUAUUACAAAAUACUGGUUGCAGACAGCGAAUUGGUGAGGAAGCCCAAUUCCCUCUUAAGACUCCAAAAGUGCACUGAAUAGGAAAAGCAUGGUUGCUUAGAAAUAAGGUAUGGUGGUUGGGUUUUUUUGGAUUGUAUUUGCUUUGUAUGAGCAGUGUUGUUAGGGAAGCGUGUUGCUAACAUGCCAGAUACAUACCAGAGCUGGCUGGUGGAAAGGGAAAGCUCCUGUCCUUUCUGAGGCUGUAAUGUGCUGGAAUCAUCCCAGUGAGUAGAAGAAAUACGGGAUGACAAAGAAGCUAAGGAGGUUGUAAGGUAUUGAUUGACUGCUUAUAAUGAAGUACAGCUAAUCAGUUCUCAUGUUGAACACUGGGGGGAAGUGUCCCUCUGAGAAAUAAUCCACCAAGGUAACAGUGAGCCUUCAGUUAUUUGUAACUGGAAUAUUUUGGACUGACAAGAAAAUUAAAAUCACUCCUUUGCAGACAAGUCAUCUGCAAAAUAAUCCGACCUGGUCUGGAGACAGUGCAGAGGAAACAACAGGUUAUGUUAAGGGAAUGUACUGUCACGUUUCACAUUUGUCAUCUUCUAGAGUAUUACUGUCUUCACAGGUAGAUUCUGCAAGUAUUAAUUCAUCUUCAGAGGUACUCAAAGACACAAAGAAAUCAACAGGCAGUUAUUAUAGAACAGUCUGAGAACUGCUUUGAAAAUGGCACUCAAACGAAUCAGGGGAUUUGAUGCAUCCCUGAAAGAGAAUUCACUGUCCAAAGUUGAUAAGACCUCUUUAGAAGUGCUGGUGUCCCAAAGAAAAGCCUGUCCUAUCACAUUUAUGUACAACAGGACACCUGAAGCACUGCUGAACAGUAAGUCUGAACAAUAUACAGGAGAUGCUCCAAAAGUAAUGCCUCCUGUUUUUAUGAUGGUAGUCCAUGGCAUCAGAGGCAAAUGUUGGUAGUAGAGCAGUAGGGGUGGAUCCUUCCCAUCAGCAUCUCAUUGCAUGUUGCUGCUGCGUGACUGAUGGCAGCAGAGGAGCACUCUGAGACAGUGGUGUCUGAAUGCAGGAGUGUGGGUAAAACAGAGGUGUGUAGCUUAAUUCCUUCAUAUGGAAAAAAUGGCACCCACUGACAUUCAUCCAUACUUGGUGAAUAAUACUUGGUGAAUACUAAAUACUUGGUGAAUACAUACUACAUACUUGGUGAAUAAUAGAUAUGGAGACCAACUAAAAAAAAGAGUGAUUUGUAGCUGAGAGUGUGCUCUAUCAAUUAGUGUUAUUGUACUCUUUCAAUCUGUUGUCAUUUCUGUGAAAAUAAAUAGGAGGCAUUACUUUUGGAGCAACCCACAUAAAAGGUGAGUUAUAAAAAGUAGAUUAUACUGAUCUAUACAUAGCACAGUAGAUGUAUGCUUAUGUAGGAUGAACUUUUCUUUUUCUAUUGACUUUAACUACAGUAACAUUAGUGUAGUUAAUCCUGAACUCUGUAACUUCCUGCACUCAGCCAGGCAGUGCACAGCUAGUGUAACUGCACAUCUCAAGCAGACAGUAAUCACUCCAAUAUACACUCAAGGUCUGCUUUGAGUGUGCUCUUUUAAAGCAUUUUCUAUUUUUGUUCCAUUUGAUUUCUGUAUGUAUCUUUCUGUUUGUUUUUCAACUACAGUGAGUGUUCUGGGCUGGUGGAUGAGAAGAAAAAAAAAAAAAAGACAAAUUUACAGGCUGCAGAACCUGUAGCUGAAGGGUGGGGUUGUUUUUUUUGUUAUUUUUCAGUAAGUCCUUGCAUUUAGCUAUAAAUAUUCUUCAGUCUGGGUUUUCCUGUCACAGGAACUGUCCUAAACCAUGCUUGAUCCCAUGCAGUUCUAGGGUGGAAGAAGAAAGGAAAGUAACAGUUUGCACAGCAUGAUUUCAGUUUGGUGGAGAUACUUUUCUUUUUCUUAUCAUCACCACAAAUGAAAAUGAGAAGGGGCAGUUAGUUAGUGCUGUGCCACGCUGUGUUACGGGGGGAAUCUGAGAGCACCGUAGCCAUAUUGGUGAAAUUAUCCCACCUCUCCAGUUCAGUUGCCAUGAGGAAGAGCUAUCAGCAAAGAUAGAGCAAUGUGCCAACCUAUCUGGUUGUUCUCCAGGCUUAGCUUCAUUAACACAGUACUAUGAUGUGUCCUUAGUGCUGCUCAAUGGCACCUACUCUGUGUAUUUUAUGGGAAGAAUACCUGCCAUAUUCUUGUUAUUAAAACCUAGUUUUGCAUGCAAUUAUUGGAACUUGCCAGGGUAGGAUGGCACUGAUGCUGUUUGAUCAUCGUGCACAGGAUUAGCUUUAAUAAACGUUUAAAGUAUUCAUUGGCGUUCAGAGGUGGAAGGCUCAGGCAGAGCCAUUCUGACCCUGAUCGUGCUUUAGUAUAUGGCUGGGCACAGCAUCGGACAGGCAACUUUCUCUUCAUACUGUGUUGUGUUUUUUCAACUAGUUACAAGCAGCAGGAAUGCCAGAAGAGCCUCCUUGGUUUCCAUAGCUGUGUUAGUUCGGAAUGGUGCCCUGCAGGACGUUAUGCAGAAAGGUCUAAAUUUUACUGAACAAUGUCUGAAUUUAGGUUUUGUUCAAAGCUAUUUCGUCUCUCUUUCGAAUUUUGACAUAUAAUCUUCCUGUUAAGAGUUGCUCUGGCAAAGAUGUUUGCCCCAUGAAUUUGCACAGCUGUGAGGAGAGGCAGCCUUACUGAGCUACUUUGCAAAUGCCUGUACUGUUCUCUGUUGUCUUUUUUUUUUUUUUAAUGAUAAUGUUAUCUGCUUUUUAACUUUUCUUCUUUAUUCUUUAUUUGCAGUGAUGUGGUUGCAUGACCUGCAGCAUUAUUAUAACAGGGACUGUGCAGUGCAUUACUUGCUUUUCUGUCCAGACUGCAUAACCAAAACUUAACCAGUUCUACACUUACGGGCAUCUGAUUUCAAAGGGAGAUCUACUUGCAGAGAAGCUUGCCAUCCUGGGGAGUGGCUUUCCCAUUUUCCGCUUCCAUUUACUCUUUCUCUUCACAAAAAGUCUCCUAUGGGGCUAAAAGAGCAGAAAUCCAGUAUUCAGAACUCUACAGGAGGCGUUCUGCAAACUGACAGAGCACUGUCCGCUCUACAUUUACUUCUGUCUGUCCAUUUAAUUCUGAUCGAUUAACAGCAUUAACACACAGAGUUCCUGCAACAUUUGCAUAUUCUGAACUAGAAAAAUCUAGUCUUAACGAGUUCUUAAAAAUGCCUUUUGGUGACUCUUAAAACUUCAAAGCACCUGCACCCUUAAAGGAUAUACCUUGAAUCUUUAAAUAAAUUAAAAAUGAAGUCAAGGAGGUGUGUUACUAGGAGGAGCGGCUGCCUGGCCAGCCCAUCUUUCUUAGGAAGCCGAGCAAGGUUCUGCAGAUAAACUCUGGGACAGGCAAACGGCUGUGCAGUCCUUUGUUCACAGACACUGCCUGCUUCCUUACUAUGUACAUACACAGUAGAUUAUGGCUGUUGUAUUUUUCUCUAUAUAUUUUAGCUGUGUCGUCUCUUUCUUUCAGAAACUUUUUCCUUCCACUCUGUGUACAAUUGUUAAACAAUCCAAGGAAAGUACGCGAAUGGGGAUAAACGUGAAAGCUGGCCACACUUUCAGUAUUAUGCAGAUUGUCCUUGACAGUUUAUAAUUUGGGUUGUUUAUAUUUUCCCUAUACUAUUUCUUUUUUCUCUCAUUAUUGCAGUCUUAGCUAUUUCAUUUCCAGUUGCACUAGUUUGGCUGUUUCUUUGUAUUACGAAGUUUAGCUAUAAGAUUUUUGCAAUAUUUAGACAGUAUAACUCAAAAUGCUUCGUGCUGCCUUUAUUAAUUUUUAAAAGCUGCUUAUUUAAUAUUUUUAAAUAUCUGCACAUUUGUACUACUGUAUCUUUGUUCUGUGCUGGAUGCCCAGUACUGGCAAGAUCCAGAAGGCAAGGGAGUACUGUUGUGGUGUUAGUUAGGGUGUUUGUUGUGUAGCAGUUAGCAUGUAACAGGUCAGAGGAGGCCAUAGGGCCCUCCACAACAUCUGAAAGGAACCCGAACGAAGAAAACCAUAAGUUUGUUCGGUUGAAAUCCAGUUCUUGAGAAACCCCAUUCUUGCUCACUUGGAUCUUAAUCCUGCAAAAAUAUAUGCAUGAGCUUACUCCAGGAGUAGUUUUGCUUGUUUUUCAGGCAGUAGUGUAUCAGUGAGCCCUGUUUUCCACCAGAGCACCCUAUAUUGGAGACACGGUGCGCCCGUCGCUCCCUGCAGGCACCUGGGGCCUUGAAAGGCUGCGCCCUCGCGUUGGGACACCAGAGGUGCUCGGCCCUCACUGACCCCUGUGCUGGGACACCUGAGGUGCUUGGCCCUCAGGCACUGUGCCUGCUGCAGCAGAGAGCUGGAGAACAGGAGGAGCCCGUCCCCGUGCCACCUCAGCAGGGUAGGGCAGGUUGGGCUGCAGCAGGACCUGCAGGAGUCAGAGGGCCAGUGUGAGGAUCCCAGCGAGAAGCGUGUGCUGGGUUCCCUCCUGGACACCGAGCCAGACACCAUAGCAGACAGGGAGCCUGCGGCUGACAGCCCGUCGGGACUCCCACAUGGGGAUAUGUCUUUCCGGGUCCACGGGACCUGGGGCAGUGACGUCUGAUGUGACCUGCAGGACAGAUCAGGGCCGUGACGUGUCACACGUUCCUGCAGCAGUGCCAGCAGCACUUCCAUCGGACUGAGCCUAGCAGAGCUAAAGGGUUUUCAUCUCUCCAGGUCCUAGCCAUCGAUCCCUCGCUCUGUGUCAGGGCAAGCUUUAUAGAAAAACCUCCUUUCUGUUGUGUGUGAGGCAUAGUUUGUUUCCCAUUGCCAGCACGGCUUCAGCUGGGAGCACCCUUCUCCAGGCCGAGCUGGGUGCGGGCCCGGGGUGGCCCUGUACAGGGUGUGCGGGGAUAGCUGUUUGUCACACCUGCCUGCAAGGGCAUCCCAAGCUGAAGCUGAGCUGUACCUCAUUUCUCCAUGUGGUCUGUGCAGUUAGAAACUACAUAUCAGUUGUUCUUGAGCCUGAAGACAUUUAUAUGUAAUUGUGUUUAGCUUGACAAAGCGUGUUUGAGUUCACUGAAGCGGCGGCAAAGUGCCACGUCUCUGUGUGACCUCCAGCAUGUCUCUGGUGUACUAACUUCAUUUAUGCUGCGUAGAAACUCUUCUACUUCCUUCAUAGCAGCUUGUUUGACAGUCCCAAAUUAAGUGUUGACCAAUUAUCAAAGUAACUGUUUGUGAAGUUGACAGUGAUAUAUUUUCUGUAAAGUAUUGGAUUUAUAGAGUGUCAAAACAUAAAUUUCCCAUUUCCGUUCAUCUAUGAGUUGUGUAACUACCAGAUUGUCAUGGUAGCAGUAUUAAUAUACAAAUCUGUACAUAGACAAAAAAAUACUCGGUAAUGGUCAUUAGAAUCAAAAGGUUUAAUAUUUUUUCCCAGUCAAAUACACUAAUGCUUCCAAGGGUACAGAAGAGUGUACAGUUGUUAAACAAGUUGUAAAUAAAGGCUUAUAUAAAACAAAA